AAGCAAUAGACAAACAAGUAAGUAAGAGAAAAGAGAAAAAGUAGUAAUGGCUUCCUCUAUGCUCUCCUCCGCCGCUGUGGUUACCUCCCCAGCUCAAGCCACCAUGGUUGCUCCAUUCACCGGCUUGAAGUCAUCCGCUGCAUUCCCAGUCACCCGCAAAACCAACACUGACAUUACUUCCAUUGCAAGCAACGGGGGAAGAGUUAGCUGCAUGAAGGUGUGGCCACCAAUCGGAAAGAAGAAGUUUGAGACUUUAUCUUAUCUUCCUGACCUUAGUGACGUCGAAUUGGCUAAAGAAGUUGACUACCUUCUCCGCAACAAGUGGAUUCCUUGUGUUGAAUUUGAGUUGGAGCAUGGAUUUGUCUACCGUGAGCACGGAAGCACACCCGGAUACUAUGAUGGACGUUAUUGGACAAUGUGGAAGCUUCCCUUGUUCGGAUGCACUGACUCUGCUCAAGUAUUGAAGGAAGUGCAAGAGUGCAAGAAGGAGUACCCUAACGCCUUCAUUAGAAUCAUUGGAUUCGACAACAACCGUCAGGUCCAGUGCAUCAGUUUCAUCGCCUACAAGCCACCAAGCUUCACCGAUGCUUAAUUUCCUUUCUAAAACACUCAUAUAAUAAUCUAUGCUCAUUUCACUUCCAGUUGCCUGUUUUUAUCCUCUUUGGAUUUCUGUCUGAGACAUUUUCUAUCGGAUUGUCAAAUGUCUGAUUUAUGGAUAUAUAUGUAAUUUCUGCAUCGCUUCUUUUUCUUGGUUA